AUGAAGCUCAGCUAUUGCCUGUUAAUUUUGACUGUUAGUGCUGGUUUUUCAAUUGGAUUUACACUGGAAAAUGUAGCUUUUAACAGGACAGAGGGUUUUGGGCCUGUCAAUGCAUCACUUCACGCAGUGUCUCAGGCUUUAGUAAGUUCUCCAGCACACCAUGAUAUCAUAGCCAAAGAGGGGACCAGUGUUUUGAUUGAAUGUAAACUGAACAUCAGCCAGUAUGAACGUAUUCUUUGGUAUAACUCCAGAGGACACCUGCUUGAACAGGAAGAUGAAGGUGGCCGGUGGAAGGUUGCUGGUAAUUCCCUUAACAUCACAAGGGUCAGCUUUGCUGACCGGGGGCGAUACACGUGCGCGGGUGUCAACCGCAGUGACACCCUGUACUACACAGUCACCCUGAGGGUUAUCUUCACCUCAGGAGACAUGAGUAUCUACUACAUGAUUGUGUGCCUCGUUGCCUUUGCCAUCACCCUCAUCUUAAACAUCCCCCGCCUGUGCAUGAUGAGCAGUCACCUGCGCAAGACGGAGAAGGCCAUCAACGAGUUCUUCCGGACGGAAGGGGCCGAGAAGCUCCAGAAGGCGUUUGAGAUAGCCAAGCGUAUCCCCAUCAUCACCUCCGCCAAAACGCUGGAGCUGGCCAAAGUCACGCAGUUCAAGACCAUGGAGUUUGCUCGGUACAUCGAAGAGCUCGCCAGAAGCAUUCCCCUCCCGCCUCUGAUCCUCAACUGCAGGGCGUUCAUGGAGGAGAUCUUCGAGGCCGUGCGAGUGGACGAUCCCGACGAAGCCGGUGAGGAGCCGAAGCAGAGCCCGGGCUGCGGGGCCCCAGCUGCCAUCUACCCCAGCGAGCCGGGGGUCAAGCGCAGCGACUCGCCCGCCGGGGACUCGGACGACGGGUCCGUGAGUGAGCCAGGCCAGGAGAUAGCUGUGCAGGUGUCCAUCCACCCCCAGUCCGAAGUGCAGAGCAUUGACACUGUCUCUCACGAGAGCUGCCAGUCCGUGCCCUCUGAGGAGGGCACCUGCUGA